GGCAAUAGCACUGCCAGGGGCGGCCGUAUCGCGGUGGUUGAACUGUAAAGGCGAGCGACCUACUCAUCUACACUGUUUGUCUGUACAGGUAGAUUUCACGCGGUUACUGUCCAUGGCCGACAGGUGCUCGCUAUUUCCAGUUGCGUCAACCCGUUUGUUAUCACCAGUGAAAUAGACAUUGUUCAAAGGCGACACACCUCUCUCACACAUGAGGCUUGGAAUUGACAAAGCGCUGUGGAUUUCAGGUAGAUUUGAGUUACCUGACGCCAGUACGUGAAUUAACAUUUCACUCUACGAAAUGAACAUGUAGUCAAUUUCACCCCGUGACGUUCAUUUCAUUUUCAAAAUGCCUCACUGGUCGGAAAAAGGACUCCGGUAUCAGUCAGGUGUGAUGAUACAGGUGGCUGGACUCUGUGUGUACGUGAUCGGAUUCGGCAGCCCCGCCUGGACACAAAUAUACUCGCUGUAUAGAGAGGACAGUGUCACGGAAUACCAUGGGUUGUGGCAAAUAUGUGGACAGACAAUAUCUUCGUGCCAGUUGUUCAGCCACGAGGUGCAUUCCUGGCACCAAGCUACUCGAGGUCUGACGACAAUCAGUCUGAUAUUUGCUGUGAUAUCAUUACUACUGCUGAUACGAUACAACUUCACCCAGUAUGCACGGACUGCAGUGGACACGAGGUCCGUGAAGGCGCUGCCCACUCUUGCAGGUAUCACCGGGAUCAUCGGCUCCUCUAUCUACGCAAUACGGACACAGCUGCUGGUGUCUCGGAACAACGUUACUCUAUCCUGGGGGUUCGCCCUGGCGGUGCUAGGGAACGCUAUGAUGAUACUGAGUGCCUGUCUCCUGUCUUCCCGACAGAGACGUCCACCCAACCCCCAGGCCAACAGGAUGCGGACUUGGUCGACGGAGGUGAACCUGCCGUCUGGUGGCUCUGCGGGAUUUGCCUACUUGGGAGGAUCAGGAGGCCCGAUGGUCAACCCAGCCUUUCAGGACGCUUCGUUCGUGAAACCACCCGACUUUGCUGACGCUCCUCCGAGUUAUGAGGAAGCAAUGAGGGGUACAGCAUGAUAUAAUCGACUCGGAACCGGCGGCCAAUGUAUUGUGUCGUGUGAACGCUGGGGUGAAGUCCUGGAAUAUUUUGAAAUGAAAUUAAUAGUGUUCUGAACGUGUUCCUCGCCUACCAUCACAAAGAGCACAGGAUACGUGGACAAUACUGAUCGAUAUGUAUUGAUUGUAACCUUUAAUUAAUGAGGGACUAGGGACUGGCAAAUGUACAGACCUAUCAAAUUUCAUUCAAAUCCAUCAAACCCCUCUUUGUUGCUCUGCUUAUUCAAUACGUAAGAUGUUUAUCAAUCUAACAGUUAAAGAUUACCCUAAGUACACAGAGGUCAAGGUCUAGACGGAAACUAGACAAUGCACUAACGGGCACAGUGCCUGACUCAAUGGUUGAGUAUGGUUUUACGCUGCUUUAAGUGAUAUUCCAGAAAUAUUACUGAGCGGGAAACCAGAAAUGACCUUCACACGUUGUACUUAUGUAGGGAAUCGAACCCGGACUUUCUGCAUGACGAGCGAACGCUUUUACCACUAGGCAACCCAACCGCCCCGGCAUAGUGCCUGAAGUAGUUAAUACGAACUGUUUAUAAAUUAUUACAUGUUAUCCUUGAGGUAAGGUGUUAUCAUCAAUAAAUGUUCAGGGUGUAAAAUUCGGUCAUCAUCUCCUCCAAAGACUUCUGUGGAGCAAGUGUAAGCUUUGUUUUUCACAUCAACUGGGGUCAGAAGAGCUUGAUGCAUUCCAUAUUCACGUGAUACAUUCUAUAUUAAUGUUUAUACUGUAGAGUGGUUUUGGCGUUUGCAUAACUGCAUAUUAUAGUGUGACAUUAACACAUGAUUGACUUUAAAAAUUGCAAUAUAAUUAUUACCUGUUUGUAACAUGAAACCAUAUGCAUUAUUCAGGAUUCCUGCAUAAUAUGCCAUGCUUCAGGAGUGGUCAGGGAACGGUACAACACUGACUGAGCUUCAGGAACAUCAGUGUCCACUGAAGUGUCUACCUCGACACUGUGCUGGGUGUAAAUCAGGGGAACUCAUUGUCCUUAGAGAACAUUACUGCUAAAGCUGCAAGUGGUCAUCUGUUAAUCAGUAGUUAUGACCUAUGUUACUCGAAUCCUUUAACUAAUGGAGAUCAGGCAGUUAACGGGUUAUGUUGUAUGCGUCAUAUAUGUAACAUAUUACACCAGCCAUGUGGAUUUAACAGACUCACGAAUGUCAAAAUAAUACAUAUACUUUUAAUACUGUUUCCUGUCGACAAUUUAAAUAUAUCAACAUGACAACGGCGAUCAUUUCUGAAUUACGUCCACUAAGAUGACUAUGUUCAUUGCGUCCAAACUAAUGUAUGUAUUAUAUUACGUCAAGAGUAAUGUAUGUAUUGUUUUACGUCAACAACAAUGUGUGCAUUAUAUUACGUCAAAUAAUGUAUGCAUUGUUACGUCAGCAAUAAUGUGUGCAUUAUAUUACGUCAAAUAAUGUAUGCAUUAUAUUACG